UUCAAGGCCCCUUGAAAAUAGAUCGUCGUUCUCCUUUGUGAUUGAACUUUGCAUUCAAAACAAAAGUCAAAUAUUGAUUUGGUUUGUGCUAUUUGUGUGAUAAAUUAUCCUUUUAAUUGUUUACAAACUCAGCCAGUGAUUUAGACCCCAAAUUUUUGGUUUCUGAGUCAAAAUGGGAGCAAUUUUGGGGGUGUUCUCCGUUGCUCAGCUGGCAUGUUGUUGCGGAAGUGCAGCAUGCAGUUUAUGCUGCGCCGGGUGUCCGUCAUGUCGCAACUCUACAUCGACUCGCAUAAUGUAUGCUGUUAUGCUUCUCAUUGGAACCAUAGUGGGCUGCAUAUUCCUCGCUCCCGGCUUACAGAACGAAUUGAAAAAGGUAAGAAAAAUACGUAUGGUACUACCCUGUUAACUGGACUUUU